AGAACCCUCCGCGCGAAGAGCCAGAUGUGCCUCCGGCGGCCAUGGCUGCGGCUAUCGGUCGGACUCAGUUCCCCGCGGCCGCCGCCACAGCGUUUUCCGCCGGCUCCGCCGUCGACACCUGUGCCGGGACCGCCGCCCCGGUUUGAUGCCUCGAUGCUUCCCCCAGCACCGGCACCGGAAAGGUCGGCAUCCAGGACACCUGUGCCGGGACCGCCGCCCCGGUUUGAUGCCUCGAUGCUUCCCCCAGCACCGGCACCGGAAAGGUCGGCAUCGAGGUUUCCGCCUCCGGCACCUCCGGCACCUCCCGUUCCUGCCCCGGCGGAUGCGGGAUCGCGGGGUUCACCGACCCUGAAGCCGGGUACAUUAGACGUGCCUGAAUCGCACCCUCAAGUCCAAGCCGUCUUGCUGGCCUUGAAGAAGGAAGGCAUGAGACGUGGUUUGGAGAGGCACUGGGAGCAAAUCAAGAGGCUGCACCAGCAAGACGCCUUCACUCCGGCCGACAUCGCCUGGCUUUUCGCCCAAUGUCGAUCCGUGCCUUCACUGCGCCGUGCCCAAAUGCCGCGCUCCAUCAACCGCCACGACGAGGAUGAGGCAGAUGUGCCGAUCGGCACGCGCGUUGUGCAGCUCUUUACGAACUUUGUGUGUCUGAAGAUCCCCGAGCUGACACCUGGCGAGAUCACAUGCUUCGUCUCGGCCCUGACCUCUGCGGCGCUGCCCAUGGACGAGUUUUGGCUCUUCAUGAUGGCCAAGCAGAUCCAGGACACAUCCGGCCAGUUCAGCUGCGUGCAGCUGGCAGAGAUCGCCCGGUGCUACGCUGCCAAAGGCCUGGAGGACGAGGAGUUCUUUGGCGUGCUUUGCGACGCCGUCUUCGGGCGCCUCCAGGAGUUUCAUCCCAAUGUGCUGGCCCAUUUCCUCUUCUCCUGUGCGCGGGUGCGCUUUCUCCAUGAGGAUCUUUGCACCGCGGCCUUCCCUCUCUUUGAGGACGUCGCCAGUGUCCGGGUCAUGGAUGCCACGGCGCUGAGCUCCGCCAUCACAGCAGCCAGCUUGCUGGACUGGCGAGGCUUCAAAGCGCUGGUGUGCUGCCAGGCCCUGGCGGCCCGAACCACGGAGCUGAGUGGGGUCGUGCAUCACGCGGACUUGGCCAUGGGCCUCGCCCUCGCGGUGGUCUACAUGCGGAAUGCUGCUGGGGCUAGGUUCUUGCUGCCCUUCCUGCUGGACCACUUCUGCGAGACCCUCGCUGGGGCCUCCCUCCGGAGGUCUCGGAGCGAGGUGGCGACCAUCCAGCGCCGGGUCACACUGACCGGGCUGUGUGCGGCCUUUGGGGUGCCCAAGAGGCAAGCCUGGGACCUGAACCAGUUGCGCAUUGUGCAGGUGACCUUCAACAAGCUCCAGAGCUAUUUGGCCCAGACAGGAUCGAGCAAGGACUCCUAUGAGCCUACGCCGAGCAGCUUUCACUUGGAGGUGGUGGCGGUGCUCCAUUUGCUCAAUGUCCAGCAUCAGGUGGAGCAGCCGCAACGGCCCUUUAUGCUUGACAUCACGAUCCGACCUGAGCAGCUGCGAUCAAGCCAGACGUGAGUUCGACAA